UGCUUCAUUUUUAUAUUACUUUGUUACAAUUCUAUGCUUAUUAUUUGCCUAAUUGAGAGGCUUGAGUUAUAUUUUGUGUUAAAAAUGAUUUUUACAGGUGAGAACUUUAAUUGAAGGAUUUGAGGACUUUUGGACUGAUUUUUGGAGAUUUUCCCUUUUCAAAGGGUUGUUGGAAAAUUAAAAGAAGUGAGCCAAAUACUUUUUGUUUUGGAGAAAGGCUCCUCCGCAGCAAACAAGAAAAAGAAAAAAAGAGGAUACUCCUCUUGACUUGUACGGCACCAGCAACCCAAUCCAGGAAAAAAAAUAGGCCCAAGAACAGAGAGGAAGCUGGAAAAGGGAUUAGUGGCUGCUCCAUUUUUUUUGGGGAUCGGCUCCAUCCACUAAGGCACAGGGCUGGGUGGCGAAGACAGAGAGCCGAAGCCGGACUGAGAGGCUGGACACAGGGGAACGCAGCGGGCUUCUGAUCUCGGAGUGGCUGGAGUUCCGAGUGCAGAAAGGAGAUUUCUUGAUCGUGAAAAUCAGCAAUUCGGUUAAGAAAUUCUUCUGAAAAAGUCCCGGUUUGAUUCAGCAGUGUUCUAGACUUUCUUUACAUUAUUUUCUCCUUGAAUUUGCUUCAGUUUCAUUGCUUGAGAAUUGGAAGCAAUUGUUUAUUGUUGAUUGCAACAUGGUCAACAUGAACUCCCUGAUUCCUUUCGUUUUAAUAAUUUCUUACUUUAGUAUGAGUAGCUAAAUUGUUUAGGUCCUGGAUUGUGAUGAAGUUGCUAUGAUUUAGUAUAAAUUGUGAUUUUAGUUUAGUCAAUUGAUUGAGUUUUAUCCAUUGUUCCUAUUCGCUUAAUUUAUUGUGUUAACUUCUGGCCAACUUUAGCAUGAUUAAUUAAGUUGUUUGAGUGGAUCAAUAGAGUACAUGCCAUGCCUAUUAAUUCGAGCUCUUUUGGAUAAAAGAAUAGAUAAUUGAACUGUCUUGUUGAGUUAUCUAUUUGGUUCUUAAAUCGGGUUUCCGUAGUUCUUUUGUGAUUAAUGGAUUUUAACUAUUGAAUUAAUAAUUUCCUUUUAAUUAAUAGUUAAAGUACGUGACUUAUUCUGGAUGCCAUACGGGAUAGUCAUAUUUUUGUCUAGAACGAACCCUCAAUUCUAAUUGGCUAACUAAAUCACAAAUACUAAAACUUAGCGACUAAUUCAUAAUCCUGGACUACCUUUUCUCUUGCUUAAUUCUCAAUCAAUCUCAAAUUAGUUGUUUAAUCACUUUAUUUUUAUUCAAUUAAAUUCCUUGCAUCCAUUUUAAUUCAAGCUUUACUUUUUAGUUUCAAAUCAAAACAUUCUCAAAUCUCUCUUUUAGUUAAAUUAAUUUUAUUUUUUUAUUUUUAAUUAAUAGUUUUCCAAUUACUUAGUUGCAUUUUCCCCGUGGAUUCGACCCUUACUUGAGCACUGUACUAUCGCGACUCGUGCACUUGCGAGGACUAUUAUAAAUUGUCUAUCAAUUUUUGGCGCCGUUGCCGGGGAAUUUGUUUAACUAGUUUUUGGAAAAUUGUUAAUUUAGUUUUUGUUUUAGUUAGUUGUGUUUGCUUUUCUUUUUUUCGUUUUUUUUUGUAUGCUUGGUCGCAGGUCACUUAAUCCAGAUUUGCUAUCGUUGAACGACCAAGUUGACUUAAUUGGCAAAAGAACAAAGAGGAGGCUCCGAUUUGCUCCUAAUCCAACAAUGGGUGACGCGCAGCUAAUGAAAGAGUUUGGGAGACCAACUGUGGGUGUCUCUCCGUCUUGCAUUGUAUUAAGUGAGGCUGCCAGGAACUAUGAUCUAAAGACGGUUCACUUUAACCAAUUGCCAUCUUUUCAUGGGCUUUUAUCUGAGGAUGCCCUGAUUUUUAUUCGAGACUUCUAUGGCAUUGUUCAGAAUUUCCCCUUGCAAGGAGUGACUGAAGAUGAGCUGAAGAUGAGGUGUUUUCCCUACACUCUAAAAGAAGCUGCGAAGGCAUGGUUUAUGUCUUUGACACCUGGUUCCUUGCGCACUUGGGCUGAUGUCUACAAUAAAUUCAUUGGCAAGUAUUAUUCUCAGUCGAAAACUUCAGAAUUAAGAAGAAAAAUUGCCAAUUUUACUCAAGCUGAAGGUGAGCCAUUUCAUGAGGCGUGGGAGAGAUUUAAGAUGCUGCUCACUCAAUGCCCUCACCACGGUUAUUCAUUGGCGCUCCAGAAUCAGACCUUUUAUGACAGUUUAAACCAAGGAUGCCAAGCUAUUGUUGACAACGCAGCUGGAGGAGCAAUGGGAGAGAAGACCGCAGAACAGACUUUAGAGCUUUUCGAGAUGCUUGGAGCCAAUUCGCAACAGAAGAGUGUGCAGGGCAGAACUCCAGGAAUUUAUGAAGUGGGAGUUGGGACAGAACUAGCCAUCCAGAUGUCUGAGUUGUCCAAACAGAUGAAGAAUAUGUGCUCCGUGAUGACAAUGAGCAUGUCUACUCCUGUUGUGCAUGCAGUACCUGAAGCUGGUUUUGAGCAAGCUCAUAUGAUGAACUCCUACAAUCACGGGCCAAGAAAUGAUCCAUUCUCCAACUCUUACAAUCCCGGUUGGAGGAACCAUCCUAAUUUCUCUUGGAGUAACACACAACAAAGCAACCAGCCACCACCUUUACAGAAGAAGCCUGCUUUGGAGGAUACUUUGCAAACUUUCAUGCAAAUCUGCACCCAAAAUCAGCAAGCAAACGAUCAGCGUUUUCAGCGCACUGAGGCCUCUUUGAGGAAGCUAGAGAUACAAGUGGGACAGAUUGCUGAGUGUUUACAAGGCCAUGUGCAAGGGAAGCUACCGAGCCACACCGAGGAGGCAAAAGCUAUCACGGUUCUUAAGGGUGGCAAGAUAAUUGAGAAAGAUGAAGGGCAGCCCAUUUUGAAGCCACCAGAAGAGGUAGAAGCUGAAAAUAAAGAAGAACUUGAGGCUGAAUCAGUGGAUAAGGAGACCGGGCUGCACAAUGCUGAAGAUCCAUAUGUGCCACCUAAGCCAUAUGUUCCACCCAUUCCUUUCCCAAACAGGUUAAAAAGUUCUAAGCUUAAUAAUUCUUUUGAUGAGAUUUAUAAGUUGUUGUCUAAGGUUAAUGUGAACUUGCCUUUUCUUGAAAUGAUAAAAAACAUGCCUGCCUACGCUAAAUUUUUGAAAGAAUUGAGCACUAGAAAGCGUAGGUAUGAACCAAAUGAAAAAGUGUUUGUUUCUAGUGCUGUUUUGCAAAAAGAUUUGCCUCCAAAAUUAGAAGACCCGGACAGUUUUCUUAUCAACAUUAAUUUAGGGAAUUCUAAAUCUGAAAAAGCAAUGCUUGACUUGGGGGCAAGUAUUAAUUUGAUGCCUUAUUCUGUUUACUUGAAAUUAGGGCUGAAUGAGCUUAAAUCUACUACUAUGUCCUUACAGCUUGCUGACCGCUCUAUUAGAUAUCCUAGGGGCAUUGUAGAGGAUGUUUUAGUUCAAGUUGAUAAGUUGAUCAUUCCUGCUGAUUUUGUGGUUUUGGAUAUGGAUGAUCAGUGCAAGUAUGUGAAAGACAUGCCAAUUUUACUUGGUAGACCUUUUAUGGCUACGGCAAAAACUAUGAUUGAUGUUCAAAAUGGAAAAUUGACUAUGAGUGUGCUUGACGAGACAGUUGAGUUUUCCAUUUUGAAAUCAAUGAGUAUGUCGGCUGAUUCUAAUUCAUGUUUUGCACUUGAUAUUCUUGAUCCUAUUGUUUCUUUGGACAAGCUACAGGAAGAUGAGCUUGAGAAUCAUGCUUUUGAGAAAGCGAAAGUUUGCAAGAAGGGCAUUAAUUGUUUGCAUAAUAAGUCCAUUUUAAGAAAAGAUUUUAAACCUGGAAUUAAAGUGUUAUUGCUUGACUCUCGUUUAAGAUUUCUUCCAGGAAAAAUAAAGUUUAAGUGGACUGGUCCGUAUGUGAUUCGCCAAGUUUUUCCCGACGGUGCAAUUGAGCUUGAAAAUCCAAAAUCCGGGAAUAUUUUUAAAGUGAAUGGUGAGAGAGUGAAGAGAUAUUCAUGUAGUGAAGAUUCAGUGGAGCAAGUUGAGAGUCUUGAACUGCUUUGGGAACACUUUUGUUCAUGCAUUUAAUCACCUGUUUAAAAAAAAAUCAAAAAAAAAAUUCAAAAAAAAAAUCCAAUCAAAAACCAAAAAAAAAAAAAAAAAAAAAAAAUCGUUUUCUUAAUUCUAUUUCCCCCUCCCCAUCCUGUGCUUUUCUUUCUUUGUUUCUUUCUGUUUUGCAGGUUAUAUUUCAAGCGGUUUUAGUUUUUCAUUUGAAGUGCAUUCAGGGAGUUCUUCUUCACCUUUCUCUUUUUAUUAAUCUUUCAUUGAGGACAAUGUUUGAAAUAAGUGAGGGGGAGGAGUAGCUUUCAUAUUUAGUUUUAUUUUAGUUUUGGAAACUGCAAACAAAAAAUCAGAAAAACUGAAAAAAAAAAACAAAAAAAAAAACUGUUUUCUUGCUUGGAUUUGAGGGAAUUUAAUUUCAGGAUGACUUCUUUGGCUUCAAGCUGUGAAAGUUCUCCUUUCAUUGGUAUGUGGUAUGAUUGGUGGUUUCCAUGAUAGGUGAGAACUUUAAUUGAAGGAUUUGAGGACUUUUGGACUGAUUUUUGGAGAUUUUCCCUUUUCAAAGGGUUGUUGGAAAAUUAAAAGAAGUGAGCCAAAUACUUUUUGUUUUGGAGAAAGGCUCCUCCGCAGCAAACAAGAAAAAGAAAAAAAGAGGAUACUCCUCUUGACUUGUACGGCACCAGCAACCCAAUCCAGGAAAAAAAAUAGGCCCAAGAACAGAGAGGAAGCUGGAAAAGGGAUUAGUGGCUGCUCCAUUUUUUUUGGGGAUCGGCUCCAUCCACUAAGGCACAGGGCUGGGUGGCGAAGACAGAGAGCCGAAGCCGGACUGAGAGGCUGGACACAGGGGAACGCAGCGGGCUUCUGAUCUCGGAGUGGCUGGAGUUCCGAGUGCAGAAAGGAGAUUUCUUGAUCGUGAAAAUCAGCAAUUCGGUUAAGAAAUUCUUCUGAAAAAGUCCCGGUUUGAUUCAGCAGUGUUCUAGACUUUCUUUACAUUAUUUUCUCCUUGAAUUUGCUUCAGUUUCAUUGCUUGAGAAUUGGAAGCAAUUGUUUAUUGUUGAUUGCAACAUGGUCAACAUGAACUCCCUGAUUCCUUUCGUUUUAAUAAUUUCUUACUUUAGUAUGAGUAGCUAAAUUGUUUAGGUCCUGGAUUGUGAUGAAGUUGCUAUGAUUUAGUAUAAAUUGUGAUUUUAGUUUAGUCAAUUGAUUGAGUUUUAUCCAUUGUUCCUAUUCGCUUAAUUUAUUGUGUUAACUUCUGGCCAACUUUAGCAUGAUUAAUUAAGUUGUUUGAGUGGAUCAAUAGAGUACAUGCCAUGCCUAUUAAUUCGAGCUCUUUUGGAUAAAAGAAUAGAUAAUUGAACUGUCUUGUUGAGUUAUCUAUUUGGUUCUUAAAUCGGGUUUCCGUAGUUCUUUUGUGAUUAAUGGAUUUUAACUAUUGAAUUAAUAAUUUCCUUUUAAUUAAUAGUUAAAGUACGUGACUUAUUCUGGAUGCCAUACGGGAUAGUCAUAUUUUUGUCUAGAACGAACCCUCAAUUCUAAUUGGCUAACUAAAUCACAAAUACUAAAACUUAGCGACUAAUUCAUAAUCCUGGACUACCUUUUCUCUUGCUUAAUUCUCAAUCAAUCUCAAAUUAGUUGUUUAAUCACUUUAUUUUUAUUCAAUUAAAUUCCUUGCAUCCAUUUUAAUUCAAGCUUUACUUUUUAGUUUCAAAUCAAAACAUUCUCAAAUCUCUCUUUUAGUUAAAUUAAUUUUAUU